AUGGCGAUGCCGUAUGCCUCUCUUUCCCCGGCAGGUGCCGACCACCGCUCCUCCACAGCCACGGCGUCCCUCCUCCCCUUCUGCCGCUCCACCCCGCUCUCCGCGGGCGGCGGCGGCGGGCUGGGGGAGGACGCCCAGGUGAGCGCGAGGUGGCCGGCCGCGAGGCCGGUGCUGCCGUUCACGCCGGCGCAGUACGAGGAGCUGGAGCAGCAGGCGCUCAUAUACAAGUACCUGGUGGCCGGCGUGCCCGUCCCGCCGGAUCUCGUGGUUCCAAUCCGCCGCGGCCUCGACUCCAUCGCGACCCGCUUCUACGGCCACCCCACACUUGGGUACGCAACGUACUUCGGCAAGAAACUGGAUCCGGAGCCGGGGAGGUGCCGGCGUACGGACGGCAAGAAGUGGCGGUGCUCCAAGGAGGCCGCCCCGGACUCCAAAUACUGCGAGCGCCACAUGCACCGCGGCCGCAACCGUUCAAGAAAGCCUGUGGAAACGCAGCUCGUGCCCCAGUCCCAACCGCCCGCCACCGCGGCCGUCUCCGCCGCUCUGCCCUUGGCCGCCGCCGCCACCAACGGCAGCAGCUUCCAGAACCACUCCCUUUACCCGGCCAUUGCCGGCAGCACUGGUGGAGGUGGCGGGGCCAGCAAUAUAUCUACCCCGUUCUCCUCGUCGAUGGGGUCGUCUCAGCUGCACAUGGACAAUGCUGCCAGCUACGCAGCUCUUGGUGGUGGAACUGCAAAGGAUCUCAGGUAUAACGCUUACGGAAUAAGGUCUUUGGCGGAGGAGCACAAUCAGCUGAUUUCAGAAGCCAUUGACUCAUCAAUGGAGAACCAGUGGCGCCUUCCGCCAUCCCAAACCUCUUCGUUUCCGCUCUCGAGCUACCCCCAGCUUGGGGCGCUGAGCGACCUGGGUCAGAGCACGGUUAGCUCGCUGUCGAAGAUGGAGCGGCAGCCGCUCUCCUUCCUAGGGAACUCCGAGUUCGGGGCCAUGGACUCCGCCGCGAAGCAGGAGAACCAGACGCUGCGGCCCUUCUUCGACGAGUGGCCCAAGGCGAGGGACUCCUGGCCGGGCCUCUCCGACGAGAACGCCAGCCUCGCUCCCUCGUUCCCGGCGACCCAGCUGUCGAUGUCCAUACCCAUGGCGUCCUCGGACUUCUCCGUGGCCAGCUCCCAGUCGCCCAACGGGCUCCAGGCUCUUGUCUGUCUCCCCUCCACCCACCGCGCGGUGGUUCUUGCAGCCUCUGUAGUAUCAAAGUCUGGAAAAGUACUUGUUUCAAGACAAUUUGUUGAUAUGUCUCGAAGCAGAAUUGAGGGACUACUUGCAGCAUUUCCGAAGUUGAUGGGAACUGGAAAGCAACACACUUAUGUUGAGACUGAAAAUGUCCGUUAUGUUUAUCAGCCUAUUGAAGCCUUAUACCUGCUAGUCAUCACAAAUAAGCAGAGUAACAUUCUUGAAGACCUGGAGACACUGAGGCUGCUUUCUAAACUUGUACCUGAGUACUCCCCCUCUUUUGAUGAGGAAGGUGUCUGUCGGGCGGCAUUUGACCUCACUUCUGCUUUUGAUGAAGCCAUUUCCCUUGGAAACAAAGAAAAUGUUACUGUUGCUCAAGUUAAACAGUAUUGUGAGAUGGAGAGCCAUGAAGAGAAGCUGUACAAACUCGUCAUGCAAAGCAAAAUAAAUGAAACUAGGGAUCGCAUGAGGCAACGAGUUACUGAGAUUGAGAAAAGCAAGAUUAGUAGAGGCAAGACUGAAAACGCAUUUGGCCCCCAGAGGACUACAAACGUUGUUAUUGACAUGAACACCAGAGGGAGUGGUCUAGGGGGUGAUCCUAUAUUUGGGGAGUUGUUUGCUCAAAAGGCCAAAGCCAUUAAGGUUGGCAUAUUUAAUGGGGACAAGAUGAUCGAAUCGGGCGGGCUUUCAAACCUGCAAAUUGAGAUCUUCGUGCUUGAGGGUGACUUUCCUCAUGCUUCUCCAAAGAGUUGGACUCCUAAAAAGUUCAAUAAACAUAGAGCCAAUUCUCGGGAUGGAAACGGAAAUGUAUUGGGAGGUGAAGGAACAAAAGCCCAGCUUAAGAAUGGACAGUGCGAUCUUGGUAGCAUCAAAUUCACAGAAGGGUCGUGCAAGGCUCGCGGCGGGAAGUUCAUCAUUGGGGCAAGAGUUUGUGAGGGUGAGGUAUCUGGUCUCCAGAUUCAACAAGCCGUCAUGAACCCUGUGGUUGUGCAGGAUCGCAGAAACAAAUCAAAUGAAAAGAGUCAUCCUCCAAAACUAAAUGAUAGCGUGCAUCGUUUGGAGGAGAUUGCCAAAGUUUACGCAGAAAGGCUGGAGAAGGAGAACAUAUUUACUGUGGAAGACUUUUUAAAGGCUUUAAAUAAGGACCCUCGUAACCUUGCCAAAGAGUUAGUGGACCAGCUGAAAAAGGGGGCUUAUGCUAAACUGGAUAAGCUUCCCGAGGAUCAUGUAAUGACAGACAACUCUCCUAACCCAAUUCAUGUGGAUAAAUAUACUAGUAUUGGUGCUGGUCCAUCCUAUAUGCCCAGUGAACAGCCAAACUGUUCUGUUCGCCUCGCAUCUGUUCAUGAUAGGGCAGCAGCUGAAAGAUUGAGCCAUGAUCGGAUUGAGUCAUCUUGUCCGAAUGCAUACAAUGACCCCCAGUUCCCAGCUCCUCAUUCCUGA